CUCCUCCUGUGUGUCCUCUCUCUCUCCAAUCUCCAUCCAGUGAUCUUUGAAAAUGUCUCGCCGGUAUGAUAGCAGAACCACAAUCUUCUCCCCUGAGGGGCGGUUGUACCAGGUUGAGUAUGCAAUGGAGGCUAUCGGCAAUGCCGGCUCCGCCAUUGGCAUCCUCGCUACCGACGGUGCUGUCCUCCUUGGCGAGAAGAAGGUGACCUCGAAGCUCCUCCAGACUUCCAAGUCCACUGAGAAGAUGUACAAGAUCGAUGACCACCUUGCUUGUGCCGUUGCCGGCAUCAUGUCUGAUGCCAACAUCCUCAUCAACACUGCCCGUAUCCAGGCCCAGCGCUACACUUUUGCAUACCAGGAGCCCAUGCCUGUUGAGCAGCUUGUCCAGUCCCUCUGCGACACCAAGCAGGGUUACACUCAGUUUGGUGGCCUUCGUCCCUUUGGUGUUUCAUUCCUCUUUGCUGGCUGGGACAAGAACUUUGGUUUCCAGCUUUACAUGAGCGAUCCUAGCGGGAAUUAUGGUGGCUGGAAGGCAGCAGCAAUUGGUGCUAAUAACCAGGCGGCGCAGUCGAUGCUGAAACAGGAUUACAAGGAGGACAUCACUCGAGAAGAGGCAGUUGCGCUUGCUCUCAAAGUGCUGAGCAAGAUGAUGGACAGCACAAGCCUUACUGCCGAAAAGCUUGAGCUUGCAGAGAUCUUCUUGUCGCCAUCAGGAGAGGUGAAGUAUCAGGUUUGCUCACCUGAGGCACUUAGUAAGCUGCUGGUGAAGACUGGGGUUGCACAGCCUGCUGCAGAUUCCUCUUGAGUUUGGGUUUUAGAACUGAUAAUGGCAUAGUCUGUGGUAUGUUGAAUUAGUUUUACAGUGUUAAGCAUGCAAGAACUUAGUUACCGUUUUUGGAGCCAAUCGUUCUCUGUUACAUUACAAUACUCUUGUUGGAUGUAGUGUUCGACCAUUUCCAUUGAGUUAUUUGACUAAUGAUGUUGCUAUUGUGAAAAUUCAUGAUUUUUUGUUUUCUUGGUCA